UAAAUAAAAGACGGGGGCACCCCGCACCCACCUACACAAGAGUCCUCUCCCUCCCUCCAUUUCCACCCACCUCCUCAAGCCCCCUCCCAAGAACAUCAGGAAAGAGAGGCAAGGUAGCCCAAUUAGAUCCAAGACUGGAAUAGGAGCAUCUUUGGAGUAGGAGCAGCAGCAUUUGUAGGCACACAGUUGCAGUUGGAUGAGCGAAAAGCGGUGCUGCUGGUGGAAGUGGUUGCAGUUGCACAAGUGAGGGUGAAGUUUUCUUCAUUCACCACACCAACAUCUCCACCUGAAUCCAUCUCCAUCUCCAUCUACCCGAGCCCAUCUCCCUCUCCAACCUCCCCUCCCCUCCCCUGCACUGCACAUCCACUGCACUGCACGGCGACAGAGAGAGAGAGGGAUUGCAGUGCAACCCAAGAAAAUAUGAUGGUGUGGCAGGAGGAUGAGGAAGAGCAGUGAUCGAUCAAAAGGAUAGUAUUGGCUGCUGUUACUCACCACUCGCUAUCCUCCUUUUCUUUCACCCCCCAUCUUCAUCUUCUUUAAUCCUUGCUUCACUCCUCCUCCUUCUUUCUCCUCCCUUGUCUUAUUGCCCUCCCUGCUAUUGGUGCUGCUUCCAUUGAAGCUUGAUAGAAAGAGAGAGAGAGAGAGUGCUUGCUAGUUGUUGUUGUUGUAUGGUCGGUGGCUAAGAUGACAAUGGAGCACGGCGAGGAUUGCUGCGUCAAGGUGGCGGUCCAUGUCCGGCCGCUCAUCGGCGACGAGAAGCUGCAGGGAUGUAAGGACUGCGUCGCCGUCGUGCCCGGCAAGCCGCAGGUCCAGAUCGGCAGCCACUCCUUCACCUUCGACCAUGUCUACGGCAGCACCAGCACGCCGUCGGCGGCGAUGUUCGACGAGUGCGUGGCGCUGCUGGUGGAGGGCCUCUUCCAGGGCUACAACGCCACCGUGCUCGCAUACGGCCAGACUGGGUCGGGGAAGACGUACACCAUGGGGACCGCGUGCAAGGAGGGAUCGCCUAUCGGGAUCAUCCCGCAAGCCAUGGCUGCGCUGUUCGACAAGAUUGACAGCCUAAAGAGCCAAGUGGAGUUCCAACUACGUGUUUCAUUCAUUGAGAUUUUAAAAGAAGAGGUGAGGGAUUUGCUUGAUCCCGCUACUGCUACUGUGGGCAGAGUUGAGAACGGCAAUGGACAUGCAAAAAUGUCUGUGCCAGGGAAACCCCCUGUGCAGAUCCGAGAGGCGUCAAACGGGGUCAUAACGCUAGCUGGAUCGACCGAAAUGCAUGUCAGUACUCAGAAGGAAAUGACUGCGUGUCUUGAGCAAGGUUCCCUAAGCCGCGCAACCGGAAGUACCAACAUGAAUAACCAGUCAAGUCGUUCCCAUGCCAUCUUCACAAUCACAUUGGAGCAGAUGCGCAAAACAGAUCCCAUCAUGACUUCAGAUGGAAUGCCUAUUGAAGAGAUGAAUGAAGAUUAUCUCUGUGCCAAACUGCAUUUAGUAGAUCUUGCUGGAUCAGAACGGGCUAAGAGAACUGGGUCAGAUGGCCUUCGGUUCAAGGAAGGUGUUCACAUCAACAGAGGACUUCUCGCUCUUGGCAAUGUCAUAAGUGCUCUUGGAGAUGAGAAAAAGAGGAAAGAAGGUGCUCAUGUCCCUUAUCGGGACAGCAAACUCACUCGUCUUCUGCAGGACUCCCUAGGUGGAAAUAGCAAGACGGUAAUGAUAGCCUGCAUAAGUCCAGCAGAUAUUAACGCUGAAGAAACAUUGAACACCUUGAAAUAUGCUAACCGGGCACGUAAUAUCCAGAAUAAACCAAUUGUCAACAGAAAUCCUAUUGCUGAUGAGAUGAAAAGGAUGCGCCAACAGAUUGAAUACUUGCAAGCAGAGCUUGUUUCAGCUCGUGGAGGUGUCGGCUCGGACAAUGUUCAGGGUCUCAGAGAAAGGAUCUCAUGGCUUGAACAAACAAACGAAGACCUUUGCCGCGAACUAUAUGAUAUUCGCAACCGUUCUCAAGCUGAUCCGUGUGAACCUGAAAUACAAAAAACUUUAAAUGGCUUUAGCAAAAGUGAAGGGCUCAAAAGAAGCUUGCAAAGUACAGAUCCAUUUGAUGUCCCUAUGAUUGACUCUAUAAGAGAUGCAGACAACCCUAAGGAUAUUGAAGAUGAAGUAGCUAAAGAAUGGGAACACUCAAUUCUGCAGGAUAGCAUGGGCAAAGAGUUGAAUGAAUUAAACAGACGACUAGAACAAAAGGAGUCUGAGAUGAAAAUGUAUGGAUGUGAUACUGUUGCCCUUAAGCAACACUUUGGAAAGAAACUUAUGGAGCUUGAAGAAGAGAAAAGAGCUGUACAGCAAGAGAGGGACAGAUUGUUGGCUGAAGUUGAAAGCCUAAGUGCUGAUGGUCAGACACAUAAACUGCGAGAUGCGCAACUGCAGAAACUAAAAUCCCUUGAAGCACAGAUUCUGGAUCUCAAGAAAAAGCAGGAGAACCAAGUUCAGCUUUUGAAGGAAAAGCAAAAGAGUGACGAAGCUGCUAAGAAACUGCAAGAAGAAAUUCAGUUUAUAAAGACACAAAAGGUUCAACUACAACACAAAAUCAAACAGGAAGCAGAACAGUUCAGGCAAUGGAAAGCUACACGUGAAAAGGAACUUCUUCAGUUGCGCAAGGAGGGACGGAAGAAUGAGUAUGAGCGCCACAAGCUUCAAGCUCUUAAUCAGCGGCAGAAAUUGGUUUUGCAAAGGAAGACUGAAGAGGCUGCCAUGGCUACCAAAAGGCUGAAAGAGAUACUGGAAGCUAGGAAAUCUUCUGCCCGUGACAAUUCAGCUGGCACGAAUGGUACCUCUCCAGGCUCUCACAUGAGUGAGAAAUCGCUGCAAAAAUGGUUGGAUCAAGAGCUUGAAGUUAUGGUACAUGUGCAUGAAGUGCGCAAUGAAUAUGAAAAACAAAGCCAAUUGCGUGCUGCACUUGGUGAGGAGCUUGCCAUUUUGAAACAAGAAGACAUAAUGGCUGGUGCAUCUAGUCCCCAAAGAGGGAAGAACAGAAAUUCUAGGACAAAUACCUUGUCACCAAACGCAAGACAAGCUAGGAUAGCAUCACUUGAGAGCAUGGUGACAAUCUCUUCAAAUACUCUUGUUGCAAUGGCUUCUCAACUCUCAGAAGCUGAGGAAAGAGAGCGUUCCUUCUCUGGACGUAGUCGUUGGAAUCAAUUGCGGUCAAUGGGGGAGGCAAAGAGCUUACUGCAGUACAUAUUUAAUGUUGCUGCUGAUGCAAGAUGCCAAGUAAGGGAGAAGGAAGUGGAUAUCAAGGAAAUGAAGGAACAAAUGACAGAGCUUGUGGGCAUUCUUCGACACAGUGAAUCACGCAGAAGGGAAAUGGAGAAGCAGCUCAAGCAGCGAGAGCAGACAGCCGCAAUGGACACUACACCCCCGAGAAGUGGAAAUGGCUCGGCGAAACACUCUGCUGAUGACCCCAACACACCACUAUCCCCUGUUGCUGUUCCUGCGCAGAAGCAGCUGAAGUACUCUGCUGGAAUUGUAAACAGUCCCAGCAAAGGGAUUUCUGCGUUCAACAAAGAGCAACUUAAGAUGGUUCCUAUAGCACAGUUGUCUCUGCGGAAGAAGGUUUCAAUAGCAGGGCAAUCAGGAAAGCUCUGGAGAUGGAAAAGGAGCCAUCACCAGUGGCUAUUGCAGUUCAAGUGGAAGUGGCAGAAGCCCUGGAAAUUGUCUGAGAUGAUCCGGCACAGUGAUGAGACGAUCUCGAGGGCUAGGCCCAGACCUCAGCUUCUUCCCCAUAAACCUCAUAGAGUGAUGUGAAACAGACUUUUCUUUUUGUCUAAACCCGGACUGACACGGUUUGCAAACCUACACAGCUAACUACCUGCACAAGGUAACAAUGCAACUAAGACUUCAUGAGAUCUCCUUUGUGCUUGUUUUUACUUAGCCACGGGAUCGACAAGUGGAUGUUGAUAGGGUGACUCUUGUGUUUGGAUGUAAAUUUCUUGUGCGUAUAAAAUGAGAAGUCAACGUAGAGAAAAAAAUUAGUGCGUGGGUGAGUGUGUGAGUGAAUGGGUGGCAUUCUUCCAUGCAAAUACUGAGCAGAAUGCUUAAUGUUUUCAGCCUUCACUGACGGUGAGAUGUUAAUAGUUGGUGUUCUUCAUAAAGAAAUCUGUCAAAGGAAGGAGCCUUGUAAAGUCUUUCUGGCGCUAUCCUGCUAUAGACUUGCAUGAAGGAUGACUGAAAGUUGAAUGUUUUUUGUGUUUGAGUGGUGUUUUUCUCUCUUCUUUUGUUGUUGAUACUAAAGAUGAGAAGUCAAAUGACAUUGGUUUGGUUUGUUAGGAGUAUUUUGAUGUAAUACAGCAACUUGUUCGCCAUAUAUCAAUCCACUCUUUCUGUUGUGUAGCUUG